UGUCUCAAGAACAUGUUAAAACCACCAAAAACACAAUUUCUGUUGGCAUUUUUGUCUCUUUGUCUUCAUUAGUAAAACCUGACAAUUUAAAGAAAAGACAGAUCUUUAUGUGUGCCUACUAGGAAGUGAGUGGGUUAAAAAAUUGGCGCAUUUAGACAUUUUUUAGGAGGAAAUAAUUCUUUAGAAAAUAGUUAUGACUUAACUUUUUAGAUGCCUAUGAAAACAUUUGGAUUGUUGGACAACUUCUACGUUUACCACUGUGUUGGUAUUUGUGUUGAAAGGCCAACACCUCCUGAAGGCUUAUUUGCUGCAGCGGAUUCACAGCAACCAAAGAAGCUGCUCUGCGUCUGUUUAGUGACGCUCCAGCUGAGGCGGCAGGACCUGCUCACCUGCAGCUCUGUCUUCCGCCUCCUCCGCCAGGUGAGGUGGGUGGAGCUCUUCAGGAGUGGAGUCAGACAGAGCAGCAGCUUAAUCGUUGAGAGAGGACGUUUUAUUAAUGGACUCUGGAGUAAUUUCAUCGAACUUAAGUUUCAUUUAGCAGGUAUGAGUCAACAGACCGGUUCAAAUCAGGACAACCAGGGCGCUGAUGGAGGGAAGCAGGAGGAGACAACCCCCCUCAAUGAGACUCAGCCUCCAACACAGAACAGAAGAUCCCAUCAUACCUUACGUUUCAGGAUUUUGCGGGUCCUGUACAAAUGUAUGGACAUUUUGACCAGGAGAGCUAUUGUGCUGAUCUUUGCCAUCCUGACCAACAUCCUGGUCCUGGUCUGCGUGGUCUCAGCUCAGUUUGGGAUUGUGGACACCAGCCUGAACCUGCAGGGCACUGAUCUAGAGCUGGUGCGAGAUAUGGACACGCAGUUCAGCCAGAAGAAGCUGCCAGGCAUGUACGGAGGCGUGAUCUUCAGCCUGAUCUUGGGGCUCGUUUCGCUGGUGUUUGUGGUCUUCGGGAGCAAACCCCCCCUGCAGAUGUCACAGAAUUGGAUGAAGGCAGCGUUUGGGUUCCAGGUGGUGGGGGCGGUCCUCUAUGUGAUAGCUGUGAGCGUCUACCUUCAUUUUGUGAUACAAGUCAACUCCUCGGAUGAGUGUAAGCAGCGUGAGAGGAUUUAUUCCCGAAAUGGCUACACCUGGAUGAACUGCGACGUGAGCGGAGCAGAUGCAGCGGCUGCUCUGUUUGGUUUGAUCACAGCCAUCCUGUACACCGCCGGCGCCGUUUUUACCUUCCAGACCGACAGAAGAGUGUCUCGCUUCAUUCAGGAAAGAGACGAAGAAGCAAAGAAACAGAGGAACCAAUGAGGUCAAAACUGAGGGCUGGCAGCACCCACGUGUGAGAGGAGGCUCCUUUAGUCCACAGCGAGGACACAAGACACUUCCAUCAACUGAUUGUAUCUCUUAAGAUUUGAGCUAAUAUACUAUCAUUUAACUCUCUAAACAUGUAGUCACAGGCUCCAGUUAGGCAGAAUGAGCUACUGUGGUAAUAUAGGCCAAAAUGUGACGUCCUCGCAUGUGGAUGCACAGAUCAGAAGUUUACAGAGCUCCAUAGAAGCAGCAUGGAAAUGAUGUCAUAGAGAAACUGACCUCUAAUCGAAAACAUGAAUUAUCUUAGCAGUUUGUGUUUAUUCUAACAGACAUCUGAAAAGUGUUUCUGAUCAGAAAAACAAACAAAAGAAUCAACAGUCUUUUGUUUUUUGCUUGACUUUAGGGACUUGGCAAAUGGAAUGUUUCUAAUUUGAUUUUUUUUACUGUAAAAUAAAUGAAUUACAUUUUGUGAUAAUAAAAAAAGUUUGAUUUAUUGCUA